AUGUCUUCAGGAGAAGCUAGUCAUUUUAUUGAAGAUUUGGAGCGGCUGAAAACUGCUGGCCAGAUUCCAACAUCAAAACUCCAAGAGCAUGCUGAAAGUGUGCGGAAGAACAAUGUCAACUGGAAGUCGUACUUGCAGGGACAGAUGAUCAGCCCGGAGGUGUACAACUUCAUUUCUCAGUUUGAUAGAGCAACACCUGAGGCUCGUGCUGCAAUGCUGAAAGAUAACCCUUCUCAGUUUGCUGUUGUGUUCCGUAUGCUGAUGGAAGGAAUCUCCCGGGACCAGACUUUGCAGUAUGUGCUGACCAUGCUGGAUGAUGUUCUGCAGGAAGACAAGAGCAGGGUGGAGAUCUUUAAGGCUGUGGCAAAGAAAAACAAGGAGUCAGUUUGGCAGCCAUUCUUUCAUCUUCUUGACCGCGAGGACAAAUUCAUUGUCUAUCAGGCAAGUCGUAUCAUUGCCAAGAUCGCCUGUUGGUCCAAGGAGCAGAUGGAGCGCAAGUACCUGCAGAGCUACCUGGUGUGGCUGAAGGACCAGAUCAAACUGCCUAAUAACGAGUACUUGCUGUCAGCCGGGCGCUGCCUCCAGAUGAUGCUGAGGAUCGACAACUACCGUGUGGUCUUCGUGGAGGUGGACGGGAUUGCUGCAAUCAUCUCGGUUCUGUCGGGUAAUCCAGGCUUCCAGGUGCAGUACCAGCUGAUCUUCUGCCUGUGGUGUAUCUCCCACAACCCCAGCCUGGCCGAGAAGAUGAACAGAGGUAAUAUCAUCCCUGUUCUAGCUGACAUCCUGAGUGACGCCGUCAAGGAGAAGGUCUCUAGGAUCAUUCUGUCCACGUUCAGGAACUUGAUUGAGAAUGUCCAGGAUGAGAGCAUACGGCAAGAGCAUGCACUGUCCAUGGUGCAGUGUAAGGUUUUGAAACAUCUGGAGUUGAUGGAGGGCCGUCACUACCAGGACGAGGACAUUGUUGCUGAUUUAAAAUACCUGAGCGACAAGCUCCAGGAGUCCGUCCGGGACCUGAGCUCUCUGGAUGAGUACAUCACAGAGGUCAAGUCUGGGCGUCUUGAGUGGAGCCCCGUCCAUAGGUCAGACCGGUUCUGGCACGAGAAUGCUGCCCACUUGAACGACAACAACUAUGAACUUCUGAAGAUCCUGAUCAAGUUGCUGGACACCAGCAAGGACCCUCUUGUUUUGUCCGUUGCCGCUCACGACAUUGGUGAAUAUGUACGCUACUAUCCUCGAGGGAAAACUAUCGUGGAGCAGCUGGGAGGAAAACAACUGGUCAUGCAGUACAUGAUGCACGCUGACCCUAAUGUCAAGUACGAGGCUCUCAUUGCUGUCCAGAAGCUGAUGGUCCACAACUGGGAGUACAUAGGCAAGACCAUUGACCUCAAACAGCCAGGAUUUACCAGCGCCCAGCAGAAGAGGAGCUAA